AUGAAUCGUUUGAUUGCAGAACUUUACGGUAGUAUGGGACGAACUUAUUUAGGUAAAGGUGAUUGUAAGGAAGCGCUUAGCUAUCAAGAAAAAGCUUUAGAAAAAAGACAAUCAUGUUUACCAUCUUAUCAUUAUCUUCUCGCUUUUAGUUACGUUGAUAUUGCUAAAAUUUUCUUCUUCCAACAAAAAUAUGUUCAAGCUCUUGAGUGGAAUCGUAAAGCAUUAGAAUUUCGACAAAAGUAUUUGCUACCUGACCAUGUUAAUACUGCUUUCAGUCUAUAUUACGUCGGUAAAAUGUGUUACAAAAUCGGUAAAUCAGAAGAAGCCCGUGAUUAUUAUCUAAAAUCAAUUGAAAUGACAAAAAAGUGUCUACCUGUUUCUCAACAACAUACUAUUCCUAAAAUUCUUGAAGAUAUCGCAUCGACCUAUGGCUACAAGUCCGAAACUGCAUUGAAUUAUCGACUCGAAGCACUAAAAGUUCAACAACAAUUGACAUCUAUUAACUAUUCAUAUUUGGCUUAUAUUCAUGACAACAUUGCUCGUACAUAUAAAUCGAUGGAUAAAAAAGCUGAUUCACUUCAGUUUUAUGAACAAGCUUUACAAAUUCGAAAAGAGAACCUGCCCACGGAUGCAUUCCGUUUAUUUAACAACUUUAAUAAUUUAGCUUCUCUAUAUGAAGAAAUGGGUGAUGUGAAGUCUGCACUUACACAUUAUCACGAAGCACUGAAAAUUUAUAGACACCAUCCUUCUUACCAUCGUCAACUUUAUAACAAGACCAGAAAUAACAUUAAACGACUUAGCAACAGUGUGUAA